CCUUGAGGAAUGCAAAUGCCACGUCGUCAGCUUCUACAACUACCAAAAGCGCCGCAGCUGCUGCGCUCUCCUCUGCUGCAGGAGCGCUUAAAUCUUGUACAACCACAUCUGCAACUUCAGCAACGAAAACAGCUGCGUCUACAUCAAAAACCAAGAUGAAGGUUAAGCAAGCAAAUUCAAAAGAUACUUCCUCAGAACAGGCACCAUCCAGGAUUUUACCUCGGCCGCGCACCUCAGCUGCAAUUAGGUCGUCUGUUGCCUCAUCUGCGAGUACAACAUCUACUGGUAGAAAGGGAACUCCUUCUGCUGCUACAACCGGAGCUGCCACUGCUGCUAUAGCUAAGACAUUUUCAACGGGGCGCGGUCCGCCUCUUGUCGCGAAGUCGAGAGGCGCAAAGACCCCCUCAGGACCAAACUCACCUACAGAAGUUGUAGACGGGGUAUCUAACGCUAAGAACGCUAACAAGAAGAUAAAGGAAACAAAAACUAAAAAAGAAGCUGGCGGAGAGAAUGAGACUGAAUGGUCGGAUACAAACGGAGCAGAGGAUACGAAGCUGAUGGAGCCUCUACCAGUUCUGAGACAACGCGUACAUAUCAUACCACGUGAAAAUGAGAAGAAGUCACUUCCACCAGAACAAGCGUCUACUAGUAAUAGUAUGGCGAAAGAGCUCGUUCCCGCGCCCGCCGCAUCUAUCACUAAGAGCACGGAAGAUGAAGUCAUACCUCGCCAAUCUUCUGGUAGUUCGAGUCCUCGGGCUCGGAGGACUUUCGUCGGCUUUCUAGCUCCGAAACAGGACGAUUCUUCACAGCUCUAUACCGGAGCUAGUGACAGUGGACCCUCUCCUUCGCUGAUGCCACCAGCUAGGCACAUCCAAGCUGCCGAGGAUCAGUCUGGUGAAAGAAGAGGUCGUAAGCUUCCGCCGUCGCAGAAAGAUCUCCGAGGAGCGCUAAACAUAGACGAUCUACUUCCUGCUGAUGAGGGCGUGGACAUGUCACCACCAUCGUCAGGCGAAGAGAAACAUGCAGAAAAUCCGCCUAGAACGAACGCCGUUCCAACCUUUGGCCUUGGAAGAAACGCUCCAAAUACUAGAAGCAGUAGCAACUCUACCUCUUCGAGUACUUCUAACUCGAAAUCGAACUCGAAGACAUCAAAUGGAAGUACUAAACAACGGCAAUUUGUGAAGGCUGUUCCGCAAGAUCGGUUGUCGAUUCUAUCAUCUUUAGAACAACAUCAACAUCAAGAACAAGUAGCAUACGGUGUUGACAGGGCUAAAAAAGAUUCCUCUACUAGUAAGGCCAAGGACAACGCUUCAGCAGGGUCCCUCUCUGACUCUUCAACGUCACAAGUUGACCAACAGAUAGCUGAUGAACUAGAUGACUCUUUCGCUCCUCUCGACAACAGCCCUGACUCAGUCUUGUCUUCACCUGUAAAGCUUCCUAUGUCUGCUGCAGAUUUGAUCCACCAUGCUAGACCCUCUGGUGUCGCGCUUCCUUCGUCUACUGUGAUAUCCCGUCAAAGUGUUGCCGCGGAGCAUGGGUUACAUGUGCUAGAUCACGAUCAUGGUAUGCAGAAAGUGCAUCAAACAAGAGAAGUCCUGGAGGGUAGGCGACCAAGGACUGAUAGUGAUUUGCGGUCAAUGUUGACGGGUAGGGCUGGGGGUGGAGGUGGACGAGUUAUCAUAGAUAGAAAUGUUGGAGGAAAUCCAACGAAUCCUGUGCUCGUACCACGAUCAUCGACAAAUUUAGCAGACUUUGUGAAGUCAAACUAUGAUCCUCGAGGUGUCGGAAUUGGUAGAGGAGGAGAGGAACCUACGAGUCUUUGAACUAUCAUCCUCUUCUUCAGCCAGAGCCAGCAGGACUAGGAGGUACCGGAGGAGCAGAUCACCUGACAGCUACUUCCGCUGGUUCUUCUGUUCCUCACAUCGCACAAGAUGAGCACCAUCAUGCUCCUCUUCACAUCGAAGUUCCGCGCCACAUCGCGCGAUUUCCUAGGCUCUUUAAGCUAGAACCAGACGGCAGAAGCAACAACUCUGCCGAUCCGUUAUCUGGCGCAGCCUCUACGUCCGGCACACCAACGGCUUCUUCUGGUCUGAGUCGAGAAUUCAAAAGGCACGAACAAGGUCAAGCCGGCCAUUAAACUCAAGCAAGACCCGAGCAAGGACUGCUGAAUUUAGAAGCAGCUCUGUUGAAAGCUGAGUUCGGAAAAAGAAAAUAGAAUCUUAUCACAGUAGUUGUAAUUUGUUUUUGGACAGUGAACGAAUAGUAACCCGUGCACGUGCUGGUAUGCGACGUAUAGUGAGUACUAGAAGUAUCCGAUUGAGUAUAAGUACAUGUUGAAUACUUGACAAGCACGACGAAGAUGAUGAACAGUUCUUGCUGGACAGGAUUUACGAUCACUGAGUCUUCUUACCAACAUGACAUUCCAUCUUCAAUGUAACAAUUCCUGUACAGAAAUUGGAUUCACUGGAUGAUAUCUUUGCGUAUUGGUAUUCCAACUACUCAAGCAAUAAUAU